GUUUUGAUUUCAGCCGCCGAUGACUGGGCAGAAUCACUCGUAGCGUUUCAGAACCGACAGUUCAAGAGUUCCGAGUUUAGCUCUCAUCUCUCCCCGCGCGCUAUGAUGGUGUGGCUGGGCUCGCUCGUGUUUCUUCUCGCGCUGCAUUCGGGCAGAAGCGUCACUCGAACAUUCUACAUCGGAAUCCGCGAGGAGAAAUGGAAUUAUGCGCUCGACGGAAGGAACCCUGGCAACGCGAACUUUUCUCCAGAGCGCCCCGAGCAGUACCUGAAGGCUGUGUACAGGCAGUACACGGACGGCUCCUUCUCCAGCGAGGCCCCCCGACCCGCCUGGCUGGGCUUUCUGGGCCCCGUCAUCCGGGCGCAGGUUGAUGAUGUCAUCGUGGUGCACCUGAAGAACUUCGCCCGCCGGCCUUACUCCAUACACCCACACGGGCUCUUCUACAAGAAGGACUCAGAAGGUGCUCUUUACCCUGAUAACACCACGGCUGAGUUGAAGGCUGAUGAUGCAGUUCCACCAGGCCUGAGCCACACCUACACGUGGAUCGUCCAAUCAGAGUCCGCCCCUGCUGAGGGUGACGCCCCCUGCCUCAGUUGGGCCUAUCACUCGCAUGUCGACGCCCCCAAGGACAUUGCAUCAGGACUCAUAGGACCACUACUAACCUGCAGAAAAGGGGUCCUGCUGGAGGAUGGUUCUGACCCAAAGCGUUCUGACGUAGAGGCAGAGUUCUUCCUCAUGUUCAGUGUGGUGGAUGAGAACCUCAGCUGGUACUAUCAGGAGAACCUUGAGGAGAACCAGUUCCAUCCAGAUACAGAGGAGGACCUCCACAUGCACUCCAUAAAUGGGUACAUGUUCGGCUCUCUGCCGGGCCUGCGUGUGUGUCGGGGUGCCCGUGUGGCCUGGCAUAUUCUGGGCAUGGGCAAUGAGGUGGACGUUCACUCCGCCCACUUCUAUGGACACACCCUCUUGGAGCGCGGCCACCGCCGUGAUGUCAUCAGUGUCUUCCCUGCCACCUUCACCACGGCAACCAUGAUUCCCACGACGACGGGCAAAUGGAUGCUAAGCUGCCAGGUCAAUGAUCACAUAGAAG